GAACGGCGGAGACGCGCAGGGCGCGCCGGGGGUGCAACGCGAAGCUGCGGCGACGGGACUCGAGACGCUGCGGCCGCGCCUCCUCUUCUGCGGAGCUCGAAACUGGGCACCCUGGGGGCCAUGCAGAGGGCUGGGGCAGGGGGCCGGAGGGCCUCUGACUGCGGCCCUGCCCCUCACCGGCCCAGGUGCAUCACCAAGUUCGCCCAGCAGUAUGUGGGCUCCUUCCCGGUGGACGACCUGGACACCCAGGAGAGCGUGUGGCUCGUGCAACAACAGCUGUGGGCACUGAAGGAUUGUCCCCGACGCCGGGCCGUCAUCCUGAAAUUCAGCCUUCAGGGCCUCAAGAUCUACAGCGGGGAAGGCGAGGUGCUCCUGAUGGCUCAUGCUCUGAGGCGCAUCCUCUACUCUACCUGGUGCCCAGCUGACUGCCAGUUUGCCUUCAUGGCCCGAAACCCCCAGAGCCCGGCCAGCAAGCUCUUCUGCCACCUCUUUGUGGGUAGCCAGCCUGGAGAGGUUCAGACCCUGCACCUGCUGCUCUGCCGAUCCUUCCAGCUCGCUUACCUCUUGCAGCACCCUGAGCAGCGGGCACAGCCUGAGCCCUGCCUGGGGUCUGCAGGGGACAUGCCCGUGAAGCCACUGUCCAGCCCUGGGGGCCCCCCUGGCCUAGUACGGGAACCCUUCAGCCGUGAUCAGCUCUCACAGAAUGUGCACGCACUGGUCUCCUUCCGGCGGCUGCCAGCAGAGGGGCCUGCAGCCGGUGGGAAGGAGCUGCCAGAGUCAGAAGGCCGAGGGGGCACCCGCCAUGCCCGCCUGGGGAAUCCUUACUGCUCGCCCACGCUGGUGCGCAAGAAGGCCAUUCGCAGCAAGGUGAUCCGCUCUGGGGCUUACCGAGGCUGCACCUACGAGACCCAGCUGCAGCUGUCCGCGCGGGAGGCCUUUCCUGCCGCGUGGGAGGCGUGGCCCCGGGGGCCUGGUGGCCCCUCGUGCCUGGUGGAGAGCGAGGGCAGCCUGACAGAGAACAUCUGGGCCUUUGCUGGCAUCUCCAGGCCCAGCGCCCUCGCCCUGCUGCGGAGAGACGUGCUUGGGGCCUUCCUGCUGUGGCCCGAGCCCGGCGCCAGUGGCCAGUGGUGCCUGUCGGUGCGGACACAGUGCGGUGUGGUGCCCCACCAGGUCUUCCGGAACCACCUGGGCCGCUACUGCGUGGAGCACCUGCCUGCUGAGUUUGCCAGCCUGGAGGCCCUGGUGGAGCACCACGCUGGGACCGAGCGCAGCCUCUUCUGCUCCCUGGACAUGGGCCGUCUGAACCCCAGCUAUGAAGAUCAGGACUGCGGGUCCGAGGGCAGACCCACCCGGACACUGCGGCCCCUUGGCCAUGCCAAGUCAGAGGCAGAGCUGCAGGGCCUGGGCUAGAAGGCUAACCCCCUGGACCUACCUCACCCUGGGUCCUGGGCCUCAACAGGCCGCCCUGCCCUUCUGCCACCCUGCUAGUCACCAGUUCCAUCCAGUCACUCUGCCCCUUGGACCAGUCUUCCAUCACUUCACUGACUGUGGUAGGGGGGAGCCCUGACAUUGGGGACCGCUGGGGGCUUCUCAUGAGACAUGGGGCCUGCCGAGAUUGGAGGAGGGGCAGGCGGAGCUCCAGGCUUCCAUUCACUUGCUGGGUGACUUUGGAAGCUUGUCUGUGGGCUUCACUUUACUCCUAGGCGGGGAGCUUUCUAAGGGGGGGCAGGAAGGUUUGUUCAUGAGGGAUGUGGCCCUCUCCUAAGGAGGCCAGGCCUUGGGGCCCUGACCAGGAGUCUCCUGAGAGUACCUAGAGGUAGCCAGGCACAUGAGGGCGAGGUGUCUGGAAAGGCAGGAGUGAGUUCUCAUCGUGGGCAAGGACCUGGGGGCGAGUGCCACUCUGUCCAGAAGAGAAAGAGAGAGAACUUGGAGGAGCUGAUGGGCACAGUGGCUGGGCUGAGCUGCACCCAGGCUUACAGCACAGCCUGUGUCUCAAAGCAUCUGACGUUAAGGGAGUCUUCCAUUGAAUUCUAUGAAUUCUGUUCAUAGGAAUGAGGCUUAGGAGGGCACAGAAGGGCAGGAUGGACAAAGAGCCGUGCCCCCCACCAAGCCCGCACCCAGGUGGACAUCUGUGUAUAGAAGGGACGUGAUCCCACAGGGCAAAGAAUCUGUGCCGCUUAGAAAGGCUGGUUUGUCUCCAGUCAAAUCCACAGGGUUGUGAUUCCUGCCCCCACGCCCCCAAGGACCACCAAGGUGUGUGUGCGCGCGCGCGCACAAACACACACACACACACACACACACACACACACACACGGGUUCAUUUCCUUUGUCCAUUUGACUGGGAGGGGCCAGCAGUGAGCCGCAGGUAUACAGGGGUGACCAGGGUCCUAUUCAACUCAUCCUGCAGGCCAGUCUGGGUUUAGGGGCUGCCUGGAAAGCCACCUGAUUCUGGUCCACUUCCCAUAAUGUGGUGCUGGCCAUGGUUGUCAGGGGCCGCCUCACCAGGCCUGCCCCACUGGGGAUGGGGUCAGAGCAGAACCAUCCAAAGGUGGAUCUGAUGUGGGCCCUGCCAGAGGGGCCUUGGCCUCAGCAGGCAGGGUGGGUACAGGGAAAUGACUCUGGUCUAAGGCAGUGGCCCUGUAGUGACUGACAGGUCCAGGUACCCCACCCCCUUAUAAUAACUAAGCUCGAAAGACUGACAUGAAUCCCGAAUUAUUUAGGGCACAAGUUCACUUUGGAGGAACUUCUAUUCCUGAGGCAGAGGGCGAGUCACGAAUAUGGGGGCUGCACUCUCCCGCAUCUGGGAGUGGGAUGUGACUGUUCUGUGCCUUGAACAUGACGGAUUUCUGACUCCUGGGAGGCAGAGGGCAGGCCUGAUGGAAGAGAAAGAAGGGAGGCUCCUCAGGAGGUCAGGCCUGGGCUUCCCAGCUUACAACUGCCUGCCCCGGAAGUGGUCUGGGCUGGGGACCAUGUCACUCUCAUCACGGGAUAGCAGGGGUGGGAGGCGGCUGUCCUUUGGGGGUUCUCACCAGAACCACAGCGCUGAGUUUACACUGAAUGGGAGGGGGGACUGGGACUCGAUUCACAGCCAUUUCCACCAGGACGCAUGGUCCCUCGUGGGAGGCCUGGUCUCGCAUUUCCCUGGCCAGGAGAGGGGUUUGCCGAUCCUGUGUCCAGAAUUACAGCACCCGAGAUGCGUGUUUAAGACCUGGUGACUGGCCCGGGCUGAGGCCAGAGCCUACUUCUGUGAGAGAUGGGUUUUGCUGAGCACAUCCUCCAUGUGGACAAGGUAUCAGGAAUGUUCUCAAAGCACUUUAACAUUCCAUCACACAGUAUUCAUCAUGUGGUAUGCAUAGGGCAAGAUUUUUGAUCCAUGUGUGCAGAUGCUUCAAUGUCUUAAUCAUAGAUCAGUUUUCUCUUUGUUCCAACCGGCACCACCUGGGUAACCAGCUCUCCUUACUGUGGGGACUUGAAACAAAUA